AUGAAGUUGUUGGCAGACCAUCUCGGGGACGCACAUGACGUGGACCAAGCUUAUGGGGAGGCUGACCGAGAGGAUGGAUUAGAAAUAAGACCUAGGGGUGGACUACUUAGAGAAAUAAAAUUAGAAAUAUCGGAGCAUUCACUGGACUUACACAUCCCAUCCUAUCCUGGAUCUCCUAGAUCAAUAGACAUUGGAUCUAGCCAUUCGUAUGAAUCAGAGCAGUAUCAUAAUAAUCCACAACUGAGGGAAGCAAUCGAGUUCCUUCAUGCCGACAAGGAUUUACUAAUUGCUGCUGAAACUGGCAAUGAUCAGCUUUUAGAGAUUAUUUUAAGACGCACAGAUACCCACAUUCAGGAAAUGGACCAUUUGGGAAGAAAUGCUCUUCAUCUAGCUGUAUGCUCUGGCAAUAUUCGAGCAGUUGAAAUUCUGUUAAAGGCUGGAGUCAAUCCAAACAUUAAAGAUAGUGUUGGUAUGACACCGCUAUCGCUGUGCUUAAUGAGGAGAAUUUGUAAUGAUGUCAACUCCGACUGAGGAAGAAUCCAAAAUAUUGCGACUUCUUGUCGCUAAAGGUGCUCUCAUAAAUGACCCCAAGGCCCCUGGUGGUCGCCAAGCCUUACAUUUUGCUGCCAUGAAUAAUAAUUGCACGCUUAUAAAAAUUCUUAUGGAUUUAGGAGCGUAUUUAUUUGCAACAAAUCACCGAAAUGAAACACCCAGAGAAGUUGCUGCUACCUUUGAUUGUGUAGAAGCUUACAAAUUAUUAACUGAAUUAGAGGAUAUCGAUAUAAACAGU